AUGAAGUUCAUCAUCGGCACACCACAUCAUCCAAUUCAAACUAUUACUUGGAAACAAAACCAGCACGCCAUGCACCCAAAGAUUUUCGUCGGACUCCUCAGUGCCCUCGUGGCAACCUCAUACGCCAUCCCGACCACCAACGAAGGCGAGAACUUGGACCUCGAGCAGCGUGCGACAUGCAACAAGAAGCUCAAGUGGCAGGGCGGAGGAUGCGAAACCGACUGGGCAGACAACUGCUACGACAGAUGCUACCGACAGGGCGACGGCAAGAAGUGCUGCAUGAAUUCCAUCGACGCGGAUAUCACGUCCCAGGGCUGCUUCGUGGGUUGGAACACGUGCGAAUGCAGCUGCAUGUCGCCGCGGUAA